UUAAGGGAUAAACAAAUGGGUAAGUUAUUAUAAGAACAGCUAAACAAAUUUAGACCAAGAGUAGCCUUUUUUCCUUUGGAACCUAACAAAUGGAGAUGUGCAAUUUAGAGAAGCGGGGUAAGCUCUUCAUUUUAACCUUCACCGGCGAAGACGAGCACCGCAUGAACCCCGCCCGAAUCGACGCAAUCCGGUCUGCACUCAACCAAAUCCGCUCCGACUCUACCUCUCUCUCUGGCUCCGUUCUCAUCACCACCGCUCACGGCAAGUUCUUCUCCAACGGCUAUGAUCUCGCCUGGGCUGGCUCUUCACCAGACAAGAUACGUUUAAUGUCUUCCAAGCUCCGGGAACUUGUCGCCGACCUUAUCUCCUUUCCUUUGCCUACCGUUGCCGCCAUCACCGGCCACGCCUGCGCCGCCGGAUUGAUCUUUGCUUUUUGUCAUGAUUAUAUUGUUAUGAGGAAAGAUCGAGGGUUUUUGUACAUGAGUGAAACGGAUAUCGGCCUGAAAAUUCCGGCUUGGUUCAUUGCCGUUAUAAGCUGCAAGAUUGGAGACGCCAAAGUACGGCGAGAUGUGGUGUUGAAAGCGAAGAAGUUAACGGCGGAGCAAGCAUUGGAGAGUGGAAUUAUCGACGCAGCGUUUGAUACAGCGGCGGAGACGGCAGAAGGGGCGGUGGAAUUAGGAGAAAAGUUGGUUAAAAAUGGGUGGAACGGCCAAGUUUACGGUGAAAAUAGAACGCAGCUUUAUAGAGAGAUUUUAGAUAAACUUGGAGUUGAUGAAACUACAGACGAUGUGAACAAUGUUGCAAUUGCAACAUCCAAAAUGUAGUAGUGGUUUCUGACCCCAAAAGAAAUGCGCAUGAUCACUUGAUGAAAUAUUGAGGAAGCGGGAUAAAUGGUCAACAUUAUUGGAGGAGUUUCUCUUUGGAUAAUAGGUACGGUAAUUGAUAUUCCUGUGAUCAAUUUAAUUGGUAUUUUUAUGGUUCAUAGUUUGGAUUAUAUUCGUCUUUGUAAUAUGAAAUAAUAAGACGAACUAAGUUAUGGACAUGAAAGUGUAAGAAAUGUAAUUGUAUGAUAUAAUUAUAUAAUAUUUAAUAGGCUUAAUUGAAUAGAGACUUUAAACUA